GGCCAGAAGGCAGUAUAAAUAGACUAAGAGCCUGGGCACAGUCAGUCUGAAAGAGCACUGAACACCAAACGGAAAAUGAAGCUUCUGUCGUUACUUCUGGUUGUCCUGGUGGCGCUGUCGGCCGUGCUUCCGAACGCCGACGCCGCUCCCUUUAAGAAGUUCAAGAAAUUCGGGAAGUUCGGAGGCGGCGGCGGCUUCGGCGGCGGCUUCGGCGGCGGCUUCGUCCAACCCGUGGUAGUCCACACCCCGGUGUUCGUCCGUCCCACCUACGGCUCUGGCUACGGCCUCGGCGGAGGUUUUGGUCACGGCGGCUUCGGAGGAGGAUUUGGUGGCGGUCAUGGCGGCUUCGGCGGCUUCGAGGCGGUCAUGGCGGCUUCGGAGGCGGCUACGGCUGGUGAGGCCAGAGGUGACAGAGCUUCUGCCGGAGGAAUUGCCGCUGUUUCAGUGGAUAUUUCCUUCGGCUGCAGUGUGCUCGGACCAACAGGAAGCUUCACAUGUCACUGCUCUCAUUGUGUCAUAUCUUCGUAAUAGAAAAAUCAUCCCGUUUUGUACUAUUUUAAAAAUAAAUAAAUUUGUGAUAAAA